CUUUUCUCUAUCCCCCACAUAUUCCUUUGAUAAAAAACCUUACAAGCACACACGUACACAAUAGAAACAAAUAUGAAAUUUUUGUCCUCGCUAGCAGUGUGUGUACCGCUCGCUGCACUAACCAUUUAUCAUUUACAUGAUUUACCAACUGCAUACGAUCUAUCCCGGACUUGCGAAGUCUACAAUGUUCCAAAACUGACGGGUGUAACGGGAUUCGACACAACGUUGUGUGUUAUUACAACCGUUUUCAGUCACGCUUUCCGCAAUCCCUUGGGUUACGAUGUCACAUGGCUACUCCUUGGAUUCUUUGGUCUUGUCUUGACAUUGUUUGCUCUCGAAGGUGCUCGGGCACGAUCCAAUCGCCUGCUGGCGUGUUUCUCACUCUGGGGCAUGAUUUCAAACUUUGGCGGCAUGUCCGUCGUCUUGUUUUUAUUCUGGAUCCCAGCGCUAUACUAUAGCUCCAACAACGAAUCAAGCAAUGUCAAGAGUUUCCACAUUUCACCUUCACGCGCCAAUGCGGUCCUAUUGGCUAUUCUUGUCGGUUAUGCAUCACCCACGGCCGCAAUGCUACUGACAGACUCGUUGCAAAUGCAAAAGUGGGCCGCCAUGAUUUGGCAGUUUGCACCCUUGUGGAUCCAUCCGUUGUAUUUGGGAUUGACCUAUUUGAUGGCCUCUUGUCUCGAUGAUCCGUCGGCAGAUAUGCGCAUGACACUUGAAGCUCGCGAAAAACUCAAGGUGGCAGAUAGUCGAAACUCGGUCCAACGCGUCUAUAUGAUUGUUGGCUUGAUCAAUGCCAUGAUCUACUAUGUCAUGUAUAUCCGACUCAAGAUGAAGGGCAUGCUUAAUCUGGAAACUUUGAUCAACUUGUACCACUUGUACAACGGCCAGUUGACGGGUGUUACCACCGAACAAAUGGGACAGAUCGUAGCAACACAUGUCUUUGCCAUUGAUCUGUUGGUUUGCUAUUCCGCUAUUGUAGUAUGGGCAUUCUUCGAGGAUGGAAUUAAGGGUGUACUCUUGACGCUCAUUGCAUCCAUCUUUGUGGGCCCUGGCGGUGGUGCUGCACUUUACCUUGUGUACCGAGAAGAACGCUUACAAGACACGGCUCUGUUACCUCGGUCCACGACUACUGCUGUUGCCACUCCUGCUACUCCUGCUGCUACCCCAAAAAAGAAAAACUAAACUUGUUUAAUUUUACACAUGCGAAAAAAAAAGCCCUU